CUGCAACAGCAAUUUCCAAAACUACGAAUCCCAGAGAACCUCACCGCGCUUGCUAUGUCAAUAUGGCCACUGUCAGACAGACAAAGGCACAUCAAUCUCGCCACGAAAUGAAAUUAGCAGACUAGAGGAGGACGGCUGUCAUUGUGAAAACCGUCUGGUGCCUGUUCCCGUGUCGGGGAUAUAGAAGAGGACUUGUCGCGAGGACCAACUAAACACCGGUUUAUUAAAUGCUGUGGUGGACGGGGGCCCUAGAUUCUAAGAUCAAGGAUGUCUCGGUAUACCGACGAGCCUCGUUUCACCAUUGAGCAGAUUGACCUGCUCCAGCGGCUGAGGAGGACUGGGAUGACCAAGCCAGAGCUCCUCCACGCCCUCGACAUCCUGGACAGACUGGAUCACCAGCACGGACACAAGUUCGGACGCCGUCCCCAGCCCGCCUAUCAGGGACCGACGUCCAAUUACAACACUAAUACAACAUCUUCUUCGGCGUCCUCAUCAACAUCCACGACCGCCACACAGACUGGUUACCUGGGGAAUGGGAGUGGAAGUGGCGGGAGUGGCCUGUCGCCGUCACCUAGCAACAACUAUGAUAUGUCACCGCCCCCUCCGGCGGUUGUAUCCGCCCCGGUUGCUAUGGCAGUGGUGGCGCAGAAUGGGCGUGGGGGUGGUGGCGAUGAGCUGGUUGCCAUGACGAACGGGAAGUUGUCUCUACCACGGUUUCCUGACAGUGUAGGCGCGGUGAGUGGCGGCGUGACGGGGAGCGGCUACGGGUUUGAGGCCAGCGAGGAGGAACUAGACGUGGACGACAAAGUGGAGCAACUCCUGAGAAGGGACAGUGCCAUAAUCAAGGAGGAGAUCAAGGCAUUCCUGGGGAACAGGCGCAUCUCUCAGGCUGUGGUGGCUCAGGUCACAGGUAUCAGUCAGAGUCGUAUCUCCCACUGGCUGCUGCAGCAGGGCUCGGACCUUAGCGAACAGAAGAAGAGGGCCUUCUACCGCUGGUACCAGCUGGAGAAGACCACCCCUGGUGCAACUCUGAUGAUGCGACCCGCCCCCAUGGCUCUGGAGGACGUGUUGGAGUUGCGGCAGACUCCGCCCCCUAUAAGCUCCAACCCCGGGAGCUUCCGUCUGCGCAGAGGCAGUCGCUUUACCUGGAGGAAAGAAUGUCUGUCUGUGAUGGAGAGUUACUUCAAUGAGAACCAGUACCCCGAUGAAGCUAAAAGAGAGGAGAUCGCUAACGCCUGCAACGCUGUCAUCCAGAAGCCAGGGAAGAAGCUGUCUGAUCUGGAGAAGGUCACGUCUCUGAAGGUCUACAACUGGUUCGCCAACCGCCGCAAAGAGAUCAAGAGACGUGCCAACAUAGAAGCAGCAAUCCUUGAGAGCCAUGGGAUCGAAGUCCAGAGCCCUGGAGGACACUCCAACAGCGAUGAAAUCGACGGGAAUGACUUCUCUGACCAGGGCUGUGAGGUUCCUCUGUUUGAGAAGAGAGCUGUGACCAGACCUUUCAGUCUCAGUCGACGAGACCUGUCCUCUCCCACACAGGUGCCCACCCUGCUGCCAAGCUGGCUGGCGGCUUGGCCCGGCUCGGGCAGGGGGGGCUUGGCCGCCCAGAGGGCCAGCUCUCUGAUUUGCCGCUCCUUGCUCUCGGGAGCGGGUCUCGCUCAGGGGGCAGUGACGGAAGGUUCCAGACUGACAGGUGUGUCCUGGUCUGCCCCCUCCCCCCCCUCCCUCCAGGACGACGACUCCACCAAUCACAGCAAUGCCCUGGAGCACCAGGACCCCAUCACUCUCGCAGUGGAGAUGGCGGCCGUCAAUCAUAGCAUCCUCGCCCUGGCCACACAGGCGGGGGGAGGAUUGGCCCUGGGCGGGACAGGCAGUGACAUCAAGACCGAGGUGGUGGAGCCCAACUAGAGGAAGGGGGGGCUGUGGAUGAGCGGGAGGGAUGAGAGGGAGGUAUAGAUGUGUGUAUACAUGACAGUAUGAAAGAGGGAGGGAAAGGAGUGUGUACAUCACAGUAAGAAAGAGGGAGUGUAUACUACCGUUGAAAAGUUUGGGGUCACUUAGAAAUGUCCUUGUUUUUGAAAGAAAAGCACAUUUUUUUUGUCCAUUUAAAAUAACAUCAAAUUGAUCAGAAAUACAGUGUAGACAUUGUUAAUGUUGUAAAUGACUGUUGUAGCUGGAAACGGCAGAUUUUUUAAAUGAAAUAUCUACACAGAUGUACAGAGGCCCAUCAGCAACCAUCACUCCUGUGUUCCAAUGGCGCGUUGUUAGCUAAUCCAAGUUUAUCAUUUUAAAAGGCUAAUUGAUCAUUAGAAAACCCUUUUGCAAUUAUGUUAGCACAGCUGAAAACGGUUGUCCUGAUUUAAAGAAGCAAUAAAACUGUCCUUCUUUAGACUAGUUGAGUAUCUGGAGCAUCAACAUUUGUGGGUUCGAUUACAGGUCCUCAACUGGCAGCUUCAUUAGUAGUACCCGCAAAACACCAGUCUCAACAGUGAAGAGGCGACUCCGGGAUGCUGGCCUUCUAGGUAGAGUUCCUCUGUCCAGUGUGUGUGUCAAUUUGCCCAUCUUAAUCUUUUAUUUUUAUUGGUCAGUCUGAGAUAUGACUUUUCCUUUGCAACUCUGCCUAGAAGGCCAGCAUCCUGGAGUCGCCUCUUCACUGUUGACGUUGAGACUGGUGUUUUGUGGGUACUAUUCAAUGAAGCUGCCAGUUGAGUACUUGUGAGGCGUCUGUUUCUCAAACUAGACACUCUAAUGUACUUGUCCUCCUGCUCAGUUGUGCACUGGGGCCUCCCACUCCUCCUACUUUGGUUAGAGCCAGUUUGCGCUGUUCUCUGAAGGGAGAAGUACACAGCGUUGUACGAGAUCUUCAGUUUCUUGGCAAUUUCUUGAAUGGAAUCGCCUUCAUUUCUCAGAACAAGAAUAGACUGAUGGGUUUCAGAAGAAAGUGCUUUGUUUUUGGCCAUUUUGAGCCUGUAAUUAAACCCACAAAUGAUGGAGCUGAUGCUCCAGAUACUCAACUAGUCUAAAGAAGGACAGUUUUAUUGCUUCUUUAAUCAGGACAACAGUUUUCAGCUACGGUAACAUAAUUGCAAAAGGGUUUUCUAAUGAUCAAUUAGCCUUUUAAAAUUAUAAACUUGGAUUAGCUAACACAAGUGAUGGUUGCUGAUAAUGGGCCUCUGUACGUAGAUGUUUCCAGCUACAACAGUCAUUUACAACAUUAACAAUGUCUACACCGUAUUUCUAAUAAAUUGUUACUUUAAUGGACAAAAAAGUGCUUUUCUUUCAAAAACAAGGACAUUUCUAAGUGACCCCAAACGUUUGAAUGGUAGUGUAUGUGUGUAUACGUGACUGUGAGAAAGAGAGUGUACAUGGGGAUGAGGUUAUAGUUGAGUAUGAAAACAUUGUUUGUCAUGGUGCAAGUAGAGUUUAUUGGAAUGUUAUACUGUAAAUCAGGAGUGUCAAACUAAUUUUGCCCCACGGGUCCUACCUCCACCCCAUCCCCUCCCUAAUACCUCUACCACCCUAGUAAACCCUUUUAGACUGUUCGAGGUGUUGGGAGGCCUGGUUCUACCUCCAUCCCUAUCCCCUAAUAGCUAUACCUCGUUACCCCCUAGUACCCCCUUUAGACUGUUCUGGAGGCAUUGCGUUGGCAAGUCUGGUCCUGAAAGUGUGGGUGUAUGUAUGGUAUAUGCUCUUGUCUGUGUGGGUCUAAAGAUUUAGAAUAGUUUAUUAUGUAACCCUGCACACCUCCCUCUAAGCUUAGAGGGAGGUGUGCAGGGACCCCUGCCUUGGCACCUUCUCCCCAAGGUGCUCUGCACACUUUGAUUCUCUUACUCUCUCAUCGCUCUCACUCCCUAUGCCUGUCAUCUCUACCCCUCUGUCUUUGUCUCCCACCUCCAACUUCGCAGUAUAAGGGAGACGGGAAGUGGUGAGGGUUUAACAGGCCUCUGGAAAAGCCUAUAUAUUCCCUAACAUGUAUUUCCUUGUUGUAGCACUACCUAAACUGGUUAGGUUUAAAGCCAGUGAGAUCAGACAUUCAUUAUAUUAUUGCUUACAAAUGAUGCUAUAAAAAAACUGCCCCUAAAUUCUUAAUAAUGAAGGGAAUAGAUAGAAUCAUGCUUGCUAGUGAGAGGGGCCUUGUGUAUGUGGUUGUUAUGGGGGUAACUAUAAGCAUAUUGUAGCUGUACCCAAAGCAUUUGUUUUUAGCUUUUAACCUUAAUUUAAGGCAACCGACUGAUGUUAUCACGUUCCCCAGUUGAAAGGAAAUUAUUUACGCUUUUAAAAGAUUGCCAAUCAAGGGUGCAUUAUAAAUGUCCCUAUUGGUACUGGGAGUAAUGCAAACACUUAUUUUUCUAUAUGCCAUGACGUGUUCUACACACAAGCUGUUAUCUAAGAUACUUACUUUUAGAUUGUAUUUUAAAAAGACACUUUAUGGGAGAAACUACCAUGGCGCUUCAGUUUCCUCCACUCGUAGCUUAUUGGUCAUCCUGAGUGAUUGACAGACCAGGCAGGCAAUAGGAGGAAGGAAGACUGAUCUGCUGGCUGACACAUGUUGGAGGGUUAGGGGUAAUUUGGUGUUAUAAACACCUUCCCCUUCCCUAUUAGCCAAUUCCCCUCAACUCCCAGGUCACUGCUUUUAAUGUGAAAUAAGUGAAUAACUUUGAUUUUCUAACCUUUACAGGGGUGGUUUAGUUGUGUAGGUCCUAUUAUGAUUAAAUCUGUAGACCUCAAUCCCAAACGAUUUGGAAACGUUCUCAUUGCCAGAUCUACACAACGAUUGGAGUGAUGGCCCCAGCUUAUCGUUAGACCACUUCUAAAGUGUUGGCUGACCAGCGCACAUGCAAGAUUCACGGUGCAGAGAUUAGACUAACAUUGUUUGGGGUGAACUGUCCCUUUAAGUCAUCCAGUACGUAUUGAAUGACAGCCAAGUUGACCCGAGGACGGUUUCUGCUAGCCAUUAACCUAGUGCUUUGUUCUAAUCAAAUGUAUCUUACAAGAUAAGCGAUUUCAUAUUUUACUUCCAUGUGUAAAAUUCUGCCAAACAGGAAUGUAUAUUGGAUUCAUGAAAUGCUUUUUAUUUUUUAUAUCAUGUUUUGUGUUCGUUUUCCAUUUGAUAUGCACAAUCUGCCUUGUGUUUUGAAUUGCAUCACUCAAAGGCAAAGCUUCUUCCUUCAGGUUUGAGGUCUUUACUAGUCUCUCAAGACCGUUAACCUGAGACUUAAUGCCAUAUUAAGUAGCAUACAUUUGGUUUUGCGUCUUUGACAUCACCCAAAUCUCUGCAUAUUAAACCAGGUGAAAAGGUUGCAUUUGCUCAAGACUGCUACUCAAUGAACUUUAACCUGUGUGGGAGGUGCUUUGCCUUUGCCGUUCCGAAGGAACGGAUAUCGCCAGUCCUUGUAUGAGUAUCAAAUUGAUAUAGUUAAAGAGUCCUGUUCUCCUACUUCAGAAUUUAGUGCCUUUUUUGGACAGUAGACUGUUCUGUAAUGAAUAUGUAGAAAACUAUGCCUUUGUUACAUUUUCUCAUUUGUUUACUGUACCUACUAGAGAAUAAAGAAUGAACAAUG